AUGCCAGAUUGUUUCUUUUAUCGAAACCUGUGGUGGAAUAAGGGAGAAUUUAGCGAAAAAGCUAAGUGGGAAGAAGUAACAUUACCUUAUGUGCUUGCUACGGACGUUACUAUAGAGGAAUAUGAACAACGUACGGAAAAGUUUAAUAUACACGGAUGUUGGGAAUGGUCAGAUGGAAAAGUCAUAAUCUAUGAACUUCCUUCUAUGCCACAUGAAGUUUGUAUCUCCGCAGUUUCUGGAGAAAUAUCGAACGCUUGUAGACAUGUUAGAGGGACUCCCGCUCAGAUUUACGGUUUUGGUGCUACCAGAACGUGUGACAGAAACCGUGGAAAAAAGGCCGACGCGUCGUUUCGUCCGGUAAAACCAGCUGUAACUGCACCAAAUGGGAGCGAUGGAAAUGAUUUUCCUUGGCCAAAUUUGGUUGUGGAAGUAGCCUAUAGCGAAACAUUGGAUCACGUCGAAGAAUCUUUGAGAUAUUGGUUAAGCCCUGGUCGUGCCCACGAUUGUAUUAUUGUAAAAAUCGAUCCAGUUCCUCAAGGCCAAGUACCAGUCCGUAUGAGGGCUUGGCAUUACUGUAUCUCAGCAGGUAGAGGAACAAGAAAUAUAGUUCCUCUUGUAAAUGAAUUUGAAUUCGGAACAAGAGAUGACACUGGAGCUCAAUUAAAUAUUACGCAAGGUACAUACAUCAUCAAUAUAUCAUCAAGAUGUCUAUACCAUGACUUGAAGCAACCUACGCCCCCUUCACCUCCUAUCCAAAUCUCUCAAAAUGCUACUAUUCCACUGGACUUCUAUUUUGUUCAACGUGCAAUCAUUCAAGCAUAUAACAUUUAUUAG